AUGAAGAGAUAUGAUGAGGACAGCUAUCGUCGUAAAUUUAGAGCAUCAAAGCCGGAAGUUGACGAGAGUCCUGAACAGUUUAUAGUGAGACUGGAUAGAUACUUGUUGCGUUGGCUGGAACUUUCGCACACGGAACGAUCGUUUGAAGGCCUGAAAGAUUUAAUUGUGAAAGAACAGUUUAUUGACUCUUGUCCAAAAGAGUUAGCUAUUCACCUUCGUGAAAGAGCCCCGGAAACGCUUGUUCAGAUAGCGAAGACUGCCGAUCAGUACUUAGAAGUACACGGAAAGCAUCUGUUCAGCUCUGCGAGCAAGAAGCCACAAGUACAGCCCAAGGCGGAGGAACAAAGACUGCACAGAGUGAUACAACAGCCCUCCAGUGUUACAAGUGUAAUGCCCGCGGACACAAAGCUAUUA